GUAAGUCGUAAUCAAGCAAUCCAUAAAGCACUGAGCGCACCUGUACGGAAAAUGCCGAUUUAAAAUACGCAAAGUUACGGAAUGCAACGAAUCGCCUUUACGGCUGUGACGUCACAGGAGGUACAUGUUUAUUUUCACACUAUCAGUUACAAUGGCGUAUAGUUCAAGCAGCGAAAGUUUUGACGAGUUUUCAUCAAACAAUACUAGCUUGGACGAUGAAAGCUCACCAGAAGGAGAGAACUAUGGGGAAGGUAUUAACCCUUACCAAUUUGAACCGCUCAGGACAGCACUUGUCAGUUCUAACGAGUCGAACUCCGGGGAAGAAAAUGACGAUGUAGAAUCGACACAGCUACAGGAUGUUGGCGAAUGGUGUACAUGUCACAACUGUCAAAUGAUGGCAACAGCAGUAGAGUGCCGGUGUUGUUGUAGAGUCACCAGAGUAUCUGACAAGAUGGACGAGCACAAGACAGAAACUGGACAGGGCCUGAGUUGUAUUACUGCUCAUCCGGGGUUCAGUACAGUCUGCCUUGAUAGGUAUGUACUGGAGACAGCCUAUCUCCAGUAUCGUCAGCAGUAUGGGGAAAGGGACGAGGAAGACAUUAAUAGGAGACACAGAUAUACUGCGUAUCGGCAGCUGGCCAGAUGGUGUUGGGGCUACCUUGGGAAGGAAGUUCGAGUGGUCUUGCCAUCAUGUGCUGUGAUAAAAAUAAGAACUACAUACCCAUCCGAGGAUUAUGAAGGGUUCCACUUUGCUGGAUAGGGACAUGAUUAUAUAGUCAUUUGUUAACUGAAAAAUUGUGUGUGUCUUUUUUAUUAUAUAAAAGGUUAUUUUGAAGAAGUUGUUUCUUAUUCCUUGUUGUUGUCACAACUGCAGCAUAAACAUCAUUUUCUUACCACAUUUUAUCCUUUAGCAUUUAUCCAAUUAAUGUUUGGACUAUCAAAUUUCUAAUAUAUAUAAAGGUAAUCAGUAUGAAAUUCAACAUUUAUUGGUUCUCUUCUAUUUUUAAUAAACAAAAGAUUUUUAUUUUCUCUAUAAAUAGCAUUAAUAUCAAAGGCUGUAUAAAAUAAUUGAUAGAUUAUGAUCUCCUCCCUAAAUGUUUAAAUGUCUCCCUUAUGGUAGCAUUCUCCUC